AUUGAUAUUGAUUAUCCUUAUAAACUUCCAUGCGAUCCGUUCGGACUUGAUGAUUAUUUUCCAAGUUUCCUAAAUGCCAUAUCAGCACAAUUAGGUAAUAAGGAUUUAACAAUUACGGCUGGCCAAUAUCCUAUAAAGGGCAUCAACCCGACUAUCAUUAGUCGUAUAAAUAUUCAGGCAUUUCAUCUUAAUAUAAAUCAAAC